AUGCUGUGUUCCCCAUUACCUGACUGUCCUGGUAGUAACGAGAAUCCACCAGCUAUGGCGUUAUCAGUGACGAUUAUUGUCCUACUACAUAUCUCCAACCAUAAACGUAGGAAAGAUAAGCAGAAACGUUACAGAGAACUGUCACCAGAGAUAUCUCCAGUAAAAGCAGGAUAUUUUCAGUCACUACAUGACGACUAUGAUCCAAAAAAUGUGAAAAAUGUCAGAAAUGUACUGUCCAUUGAUAUUGAAGAAGACUCCUUUGACAUGUAUGAUAUUGAAAAGAGAGGAAGAAUAAGUCAAUUCUUCCACAGGAUCUAUUACAGGUUAAUGCCUUCCAAAAAGGACAACUUUGAUUUUUCAAUGGAAGAAAUAAAUGUAGGAACAACACUGCUGUCACCAGUAUCUAUGGAUGAAGAUUAUGAACUUGAUUGAUGUUACCUGAGGUAG